AUGGCAACUACUAUGGCAUACGACUUCGGACUAGGGUCACCUCUUGGUUCCUCAGUAGAACUGAAUGCUUGCUUCUCUUCAUUGCCAAAUCCAACUUGCUUGGCUACUCCAUCCAACUCGACUCUUUCGCAUCGUCGCCUUCGCACUGCUCUGCUUUCCUCUGCUUCCUCCUCAUCUUCUUCUUCAUCUUCUUCUCCAGCUCAUGCUCAUAGCAAUUCGCCAUCCUCUUCCUGCAUUUCGUCCUGCGUCGGUCCUCAUCUUACCCAACAGUUUAGAAGAGGUCCUGGUUCCUCCAAUAUUGCUGGUCCUACCGUAGAGGUAGGCCUAGCACCCUCUGUGUCCCAGUCAAUGCCGACUCGCCAUAUCUUACCUAUUGAAACACGGUUGCAGUUAGCCCCUGCACAUUCGCGAAGCCUUGUCAUUUCACGAAUCCAAACCCCACAACCACGAACAGUAGAUGAACCAAUCAGCCCUGAUACCCAAGUCAAGGCGGGACAGCUAAUUGUCGACUCUUCUACCUGCGACUCGCCGUCGGCAAAUCUAGGAGCCUCCAAAGUAUCUAAUAAUCCUAGUGACAUAGAUAUAGCCUCCUUAGCAGAUUCCCCGUCAUAUCAUCCACCUUGGUUGCCAAAUGGAGCCACUCCCGGUUGUCAGCUUUCUUCUUCAGCAGCAUCCACAGGCAUUUUGACAUGCAUUAGUUCUUCGGCUCGCUGUGCUCUCCCUGUGAAAAAGCGCAAGCUCGACUGGAGCCAUCUAGUUGCAAGUGAGCCUGUUGCUCCCGCUAGCAGUAGGAUUAGCACCAGUGGUAACGAUGGCACGGAGGCUCUACAAGGUCUGACGUUUGGACAGAUCUCUUAUUCUUCUUCAUUGCUUGUGUCUGAACCUUUUUCGAGCAGAAACCAGCUACCAUUUAGCUGCCAACGGCCUCAUCAGCAUCAUCACCUAGCACAUCAUGAGCGACAGCAAAUGCAACAGGAUACUCAUGCACAUUGCCAAGUUACCAGACGUCUUCUCAACUCUGCAGGAUGCUCGAGCAGUACCUCGACCAUCCUCGCCUCUCCACUCCCAAACCCCAGUACAAACCUUUCUUCCCGCUCUCCUCCACCAUUUGCAGCACAGGCAUCUGAAGCCUCUUUGUCUAGCUCAAAUUCGGCUCCAGUCAGUCCUGCGCGAGAUGCCCCUUCUCCUACACCCUGCAACACAACUUCGCGUAUUUCUCCAUUUCAGAUUCACCAACUCAGCUCCCAGAAUCCGAACUCCUCAUUUUCUUGGCUAGGGACCGCAUCGACCCGACUUAAACCCACAAGCACUCAGCCACUCUCCGUUAGUCACUCUCCAUCAGAUCACAAAACUGUCACCCACCUCGAACAUUUGAUUCCGACCUCAGGUUCCUCCAUCCAGUUCCAUAGGUCUGCAUCGCCCGACCAGCAAAGUACUGAGCGAUUGAGAGUACACACAAGCGAAACAAGAGAGGGCAGCAGUGCUUUAGGAGUAGAUAUAGGACUUUUAUACAAUGUGAUGAAUCGUGAUCAGAGAGAAAUUUACCAAGAGUCUAUUACUAAAAAUGGAGAAUUUAUUGGGCUUUCAGGCAUCGAUGAACUGCGGGCAUCUGAUGAUUAUUCAUGCUCUAAUUCCACAUCAUCUAACCUUAUUACUGUUGCAAAGAGCGAAGGUGUUUAUGCAGAAUGCCUUGUUCCUCAUCAGCGAACAGAGCCGAUUUCAAGUCCCGUGGAAUUACAUACCAAGACCGAUCGUCGGCAGCAUUAUGCAUCUCCUACGAUUGCGUACCCACGUGUCAGGUCAGCUGAGUCGAUCGUCGGUCAUGCGUCCUCUACUGAAUCUAAUAGUGGAGACAGAGUUCAAGAGGAUGCCACUUUGACAAGAGCUUCAGUAUUUGCACUAACUCGUGCGUUAACUGAUACCCAGAACAACAAAAAUUCUAUGAAUUCAGAAAGACGAUCACUAGAGACUAGUCUUCUUGACGGCCAAUUUGAGGACGGUGCCCUGCGUCGUUCUCUUCUCUCCACGAUUCCCUCCCCGUUAAUGCCUUCGGGAUUCCGUUUGCAGCCAAGUCGACUUCAUUCUUCUCUCCGGGCUCAUCAUCAACAGGAGAUGUCACAGUUGCACCUACUAGAGCCAAAAGUCGGUUAUCAAUCUUCACGACUUUCACCACAGAUAAAUGAUUUAGGCAAUUCUUCACAGUUAUCUGAAAGUGCUUGCAAUGGUCAUACACCUUCCCACGAUCCUCCUGAUCUUUCAGGUGAUAUUCUUGCUCGCCUAACAACUGGAGAUGCGAAAUAUUCUCCUCGUGUUAGAACUUCACCGUCUCGAUUAUCCUCUAUUACUCGACGAUUCUGUCACCCUAAAGAGUCGGAUAAGCCUGUCAUACCGUUGGAUCAACAAAGAUAUCAACUUGUCGCAACGAGCGACAACAAAGGGUGCCAAGAGAGCAGAAGUUGA